AUGGCUAUCAGCGUAAACCGUUAUAUAUACAUAUGUAAGAGCAAGUACUAUAAACAGAUUUUUAGUUUUCGCAACACUAUAGUAAUUUGUAUUGUGAUAUGGAUUAUAUCAGCGCUGAUCGAUUUGCCGAACUUCUUGAACUGGGGUGAUCAUCGAUAUGACAUGAAGACAUUGGUUUGUUCAUUCGACCGUACUGCUAACUACAACUGGAUAACACUAUUUGUUUGUACAGGCGUUGUUUUUCCCGGUCUUGUAGUUAUCAUUUGUUACAUUAACAUUGUUCGAUUUGUACGUUCUCAUUCACGCAAAAUACAGGAUCACCGAGAACAAGAACCCGGAUGUUAUAAGGAUGGUCCAUCACGUAACAUGGGACAUGCAAAGCUAAGUAAGCAACAGAAACAACUAUUGAAGAUGGUAUUUGCCAUCUUUGCUGUGUUUAUACUGUGUUGGGUGCCCUAUGGUAUUGUCGUUCUUAUUGAUUUUCAAGACAGACUUUCACAAACAGUACAUAUCAUAGUGUGGGUUAUUGCUCAUGCUAGUACAGCAUUGGAUCCCAUCAUAUAUGCUGUUACGAAUACACACUUUCAACAAAGUUACAGGGCAGUUUGGGGGUGUUUAACGAGAAGACGAAUACAGAUGAUGGACACGACAGUAUCAGAUAACCACGAUUCUGUGAAGGAUAAACAGAUCUUUAAAGUGAAAGUUGCAGCAGAGCCGAUUGAAGCCAUCUCAACGUUGAAUACUUGA